UUUGAAAAGGAGUGGUUGUAUUUGAAAAACAACAGCAGAAACAUGUUUUAAGAGGUCCAUUUAGUCUGUUUUAUAUGCCCUAUAAUUUUCCUAUAAGGGGAAAUUGGUCCGGGUUCAAACAUGAUUUAAAAACAUUUAUAUUGUCUUAGUGGCUUUUAAUGGAGGAUUUAUUGCACAACAAAAUGUUCACUCAUUUACUUUUAAAAAACAGACAUUUAAUUAAAAUAAACUGUGAGAAACUGAUGUCAUGCCCUUUGGCCACUGGAGUCUGUCUGGCCUGGCAUGAAACGGUUUAGCAAAACAUUUGGACAGUUUCUCAGAUUCCAAGUAAAGAAUCCAAGUAGCCUAGUAGUUCUUGAGUUCGAUCCAAAACAUUUUUUAUGAGACACUCCCAAAAUAAACGAUUAUAGCUAGUCUCUCAUGAGAUAUUUAUAUAUAAUAAUGAAAAGAAAAGAAAAUACACAAAUAGCUUCCAUGUUUCCACUUUAAAACGCUGUACAACAAGCGAUUCUUUCCAGAAACUUUACUUGGUUCGGACAUUAGCCAAUCGGUUCAACCGAUUCAGUGAAAAGAUUCAAAUGAACGACUGGCUCACAAAUCGUUCGGACGUCGCUUAUUCACUAGUGCCUGUAGGUUUUGGAAGUGAACAUUUGACGAUAGAAACAGACAGAUGUUCAUCAUGGGGAUUCAAAUAAUCUUGCUUUUAGUUGUAAUUGCACACACGGGCACUGGCAACAAUAACGCUUCUGGCUGCAUUCCGUGUCUAAGCUACUCUGACUCUAACUCAACAACGAAUAACAGUACCGAUUCUGACUGCUGUCUGGAUGAAACUCAAGAUCCUGGCUGCUGUCCGGAUGAAAUUAAUGCUGUGUUAGAAGCCAUGUUCCCAAUGCCUGAUUUAAAGCGUUCUGAAUGCAUUCCUCGUGCUUGCUACUAUGACCCGAACUCUCCAACAACGUAUAACAAUUCUGACUGCUGUCCGGGUAAAAUUUUAUACAUGAUGGAACCCGAUUCAAAAUAUUAUCCAAACAGUUCUGACUGCGGUCCGUGUCCUCCUAGCUACUAUGACUAUUACUCUCCAACAAUGAAUAACGAUUUUGACUGCUAUAUGUGUUAUAAUACGAGGCAAGAGCUUGUCAAGGUCAUUCCAGAUUCUGACUGCUGUCUGGAUGAAACUGGACCUAUGUUCCCAAUGCCUAAUUUAAAGAGUUCUUUGUGCAUUCCUCGUGCUUGCUACAAUGACCGUAUCUCUCUAACAACGUAUAACAAUUACACAAUUCUCCAAGGAUUUUCCGUGAUGUGGAACAUCUCCACCGAAUCUGCUGACUUCCUCAAAGGCGUGAUAGUCACACGCGUCAUGCCCUCGUUCUACAUCUUCGUCAUCCUCAUUAGUUUGCCCCUGAACGCUGUGGCCUUGGUGACGUUCACCUGUAGGAUUAAAGCCAAGAAACCCGCUGUGAUCUACAUGUCUCACCUGGCGUGUGUGGACCUGUUCUUCACCCUGUUGCUGCCUCUGAAGAUCCACUACCAGCUGAACGCUUCAGAUUGGGUGUUCGGGGAGGUGGCGUGUCGUGUGCUCAGUGCUGCGUACUACUGCUACAUGUACUGCUCCAUACUUCUGAUGAUGUGCAUAAGUGUGGACAGACUGCUGGCUGUGGCGCUUCCCAUCACCUCUCAAACCUGGAGGAGCACAAGGAAAGCCACGUGUGUGUGUGUGCUGGUCUGGCUGCUGGCGCUCGCUGGUACGGUGCCACUUCUCUCAAUGAGACAAACGCUCAAGGUCGAGGGUGUGGGCGUCACUUGUCAUGAUGUACUGCGCCAAAACGACCCUUCAAGGCUGUCUUAUGUGUAUCUCUUCUCCAUUCUCUCUUGCCUCUACUUCUUCUUGCCACUGGUUGUCACCUUAGUGAGCUACUGUACUAUCAUAUAUGUACUCCGUGCGAAGUCUGAACACUUAGCAUCAUCAUCAUCACCUUCAGGCGUUCGAAGGAAAGCUGUGAUUAUGGCUAUUACUGUGCUGAUUGAGUUCGUGUUGUGUUUUGCUGCAACCAAUGGCCUCCUGUUGUACCACUAUGUUCGUUUAGCUACAAGAAGACACAUCGGCGAGGGAGAUUCAUCAUAUGUUGUUUACCUGUUGGCUGUGUGUUUGGGGAGCACAAGUGUUGUUCUGGACCCUCUUCUCUACUAUUACGGCUCGUCUCAGUCCAGACAGCAAAUGAGAUCUGUGUUUUGGUGCAGAAAGGCAAAAAAAGUGAAAACCGUAAACAUAUGAAAUCUCUCACUAGCAGCACAAUAGAAGAACGUCUCUUGAAGAUU